CCUACCCCAUUAGGCCAGCGCGCACAUCUAUCACCGCAGUAUUCUCUGCCAAACGAACGGUGUGAUGGAUGACAUAGGAGUGACAGGUAUACGGCCUGUCACCGGGUGAGUGAAGGAUAUAGAUAAAUUGCAUUGUCACUGCUUGAUUAUAUCUAAACAAGUAAGCUUAAUUCUAGUGUAAUUUACAUUGAAAUCAUUCCUUAAACUAGUGAACUAUAACAAAAAUUAUACUAUUUGGUACAUGCACCUAAUACUGGAAACCUAAACUGCUGUACUUCCAUCCCGUGUCACCCAGAGCAAUCUAUGAUCUACCGAUUCGGUAAGAAAUAAGGUAAAGAAAAUCUUCGAAACUUUGCUAACUAUAUGGUUUACUAGGAACUACAGCUAAGCUCACCUUUGAUCAAGAAUUAUACGACACAUUAAGGGAAAACUAAACGUAAGUAAGCUCAAACCAUACAUUAUGCAUACACUGAUCUACAGGGGUCUACCAACCCGCUGUCACGUAGCAGAAACACUAUAGAUGAUUCAUUGUAAUUGUAAGCUGAAUUUAUAUCUUUUCAUAGGAAAAUUAUAUUCUUAUAUGUUACUACCACUAUCCGGAUCGUGCGUAUGUUAUUACGUUUCCGGUAAAGAAUUAUAAUUCCGGAAAAUUCCCUCCCGUUGGACUAAAUCCAACAUCAUAUAAUUUUCGUUUAUACGAAUCGAGCGUGAUGCCUAGUCGCGGUGUUAUUAAAUCGGGUGGCAAAGGAGAUAAAGGUGCGCGGCCGAAGGAAACUGGUGAUCUUUGUGCUGGUGGUGAUGAUGGUGAUAAUCCAGAAGUGGUGUUUGUUGGAGAAACGUGCAAGACGUGUCGAGGACCGGACAACGAAGAGAUGGUUCAGUGCGACAGAUGCGAUGGGUGGUACCAUUUUUCCUGCGUGGGCGUAUCAGAGGAAGUUGCCGACAAGAGCUGGAGUUGCACUAACUGCGUCACAGCGAAAUGGGUCCAGCGAACUAGAACAGCUUCUGAAAUAAAUGUCAUACAGGAGAAGGUAACACUCGAUAGAACGUCAACUAGAAGCCAGCCCACUGAGAACAUCGCAACAAGCACCCGCGCUAAUAUAGUGAUCCCUCCAAAGUCUGUCCUUCAGAAGUCUACAUCAGCGGGGCCAGUUCCAGUCAACAGUGGUGGCGGGCGGAAAGUUCCUCUGAAUGCAGAUCAAGGGAAGCAGCAAUCGCCAUUGCUAGUCAGCGAUGGUAACACAGGCACAGGUGUUCAAAUUCGAGAAGUGGAGAAGGCCCUGUCACAGGUUUCGGUUUCUUCGUCGCAAAAAUCAGCGGUGCAGCGUGCAAAACUGCAACUGAUGCGACUGGAAGAAGAACGGCAAUUUCAGCAGCAGCAAGAAGAGCGCCGACAAGCUGCAGAACAACGGGCAGCGCAGGAGCAUCGUGAGUACUUGGAGCGAAAGUACCGUCUGUUGGAAGAAGUCGUCAGCGAAAAGAGCUCUGGGAGUCGCAGCGAGGCGUCAAGUCGUAUCAACGAUUGGGUACGAGAUGCCAAACAACAUCAGCAGACAAACGCACCAGAAAUUGAUGAUUUCGACGUAGAGCACCUUCAAGUUCCUACAGGCAACGUGGAGCAAGGCCACGCCGCUGGUCAGCUCGGGGAAGCUCGUAUCCGAUUCGAGCCAAAUGGCCAGAUUAGAUCGGCUAAUGUGCACACCGGUCAACGACUCCACUGUUGUCCUCCUAUUCAACAGCAGCACUCCACAUCGCGUCCUGAAUUUGCCAGCCACUUGCGACAGUCAGGACUAACGAUGCAGAUGCACCCUGCCAGUCAGCAAGUUGGACUAUCAGACAGGUAUCCGUCAUCUCGGCAAGUUUUGCCAACGAUGUUAAACGCCAAUAAACGAACAACGUCGCAACAACCUGCGAGCUCAAUUCUCAGACCGCCUUUCAACUCUACCACCUUCGACGGGCAAGUCGUAGUACCUCCGGCGUGCUCUACCGGUAUUCACCCGCGCAUUCCUCGGGAAAAUAUCGGUGUCUCCCAAGCAUCAGACCACGGAACGUAUGAUGACGAGUUCCAGCUCUCUCGUUCGCAAGUAGCAGCCAGACAAGCGGUUCCGAAAGAACUCCCUCAGUUCAAUGGAGAUCCGGAGGACUGGCCAGUAUUCUUGUCGAUGUACAACCGUACGACAGCGAUGUGUGGGUUUUCUGACGAAGAGAAUAUAGUACGACUGCAGAAGAGUCUGAAAGGCAAAGCCUACGAAGCCGUCAAGAGCCGUUUGAUCCACCCUGGGAAUGUUUCAGGCAUCCUGUCAACAUUGAAAAUGCUGUUCGGCCAACCAGAGGUCAUCAUUCAGUCGCUGAUUGAAAAAGUGAGUACGCUACCAGCAAUUCGGGAGGAAAGGCUAGACACACUGGUAGAAUUCGCUGUGCACGUACAAAACUUCUGCGCAACAGUGGAUGCCUGUGGACUGCAGGAGUAUAUGUACAACGUUUCUCUACUCCAUCAGUUGGUCAGCAAGCUGCCACCCUCGCUUAAACUUAAUUGGGCACAGCAUCGACUAGUAGCUCCUACGGUCAACUUGGCGACCUUCAGCUCGUGGAUCUAUUCUCUAGCGGAGGCAGCAAGCGUUGUCACCUUUCCAUUGUCGACACAACAGGAGAAGUCCGCCCGAAAUGAAACUCGAGGGCCAAAAAAGGGAAAUGCGUACCUCAACGCCCACUCUGAGGCGUCUUCUGAAGAAAACAAGGAAAGUGCAUCGAAGGAACACACUGCGACAAAGCCAACUCCGGUGAAACACACCUGCCCUAUCUGUAACGAGUAUUGCAAGUCCGCAGACAAAUGCAAGCGCUUCUUGGAGCUCACUAGAGACUCACGGUGGGCUGCAGUCAGAGAGUUCGGCCUCUGCCGCACUUGUCUACGAAUGCACAAAGGAAGCUGCAACGCCAAGCCAUGCGGGAAAAACGGAUGUGCCUUUCGGCAUCACGAGUUGUUGCACAAUGACGCGAAGCAGAAAUCGCAGAAUACUGAAACUACGAUCGACAGCGGAAGUUCACCAUCUGCACCACCGUAUUCUGGUCCGUCGGGUUGCAACAGCCAUAGAACAACUGCAAGCUCGGUACUGUUUCGUUACAUUCCUGUCAUUUUAUUCGGCAAAACGGGAACAAUGCAAACCUUCGCUUUCUUGGAUGAAGGCUCAGAGCUCACUUUACUAGAUCAAGAGCUCGCCGAUAUACUACAGUUGGACGGAACCGAGCGUCCGUUGUGUCUCCGAUGGACUGGUGGAACUGAACGAUGUGAACCGAAUUCUCGAGCGUACAACCUCCAAAUUUCCGGAGUUAAAGAUGGCAGUAAGCGGUUCGAGAUAAAUGACGUGAGGACUGUGAAGGACUUGUUGUUACCGCAACAAUCACUGGAUAUGGCCAAACUAUCAGAACAGUUUCCACAUCUUCGAGAUCUUCCGAUCGAUUCAUACCGUGAUAUACGCCCACGUAUUCUGAUAGGAACGAAGCAUGCACAUCUCGGUCUUGUGCUGAGAAACCGUGAAGGAGAAUUUGGACAGCCUAUUGCAGUCAAGUCACGGCUUGGAUGGACAGUAUGUGGCGGAUCAGGAACAACCCGUGGAGCGAACCUACACCACUACUGUUUCCACAUCUGUCCUUGUAACAAUACAGCUGACGACGAUCUGCACCACGCGAUGAAGGAGUACUUCUCGCUUGACAGUCUUGGGGUAACUAAGCCAAAUAAUCCGCCUCUGUCUAUCGAAGAUCAGCGUGCACUCUCUUUGCUGCAGCUGCUUACUCGGCGUAAAGAAGGUCGCUAUGAAUCCGGCCUACUCUGGCGGUACGACGAUAUCCGCCUGCCAGAUAAUCGGUGUAUGGCUAUGCGCCGAUUCCAAUGUUUGAAAAAACGAAUGGAGAAAGAACCGGAACUGCAGGCAAUCUUGCAUGCCAAGAUUGCAGAGUAUACGGAAAAGGGGUACGUUCGAAAGCUCAGCGAGGAGGAAAUCAACCAAAAAAUCUCCCGACGGUGGUACCUACCAGUCUUUCCAGUAAUCAACCCAAAUAAACCUGGCAAGAUACGGAUAGUGUGGGAUGCAGCGGCCAGCGCUCACGGUACAUCGUUGAACUCAGUUCUCUUAAAAGGACCGGAUUUAUUGUGCUCUCUCUUGGCAAUCCUUCUACAGUUUCGAGAGCGUCGUAUCGGGCUAACCGGUGACAUUCGCGAAAUGUUUCACCAGGUGUUGAUUAGAGAAGAAGACCAACGCUGUCAGUGUUUCUUCUGGAUGAACGAUCGUGGUGAUACAGAAGUGUACGCUAUGCAAGUAAUGACGUUCGGAGCAUGCUGCUCUCCGACUACAGCGCAGUUCGUGAAGAACUCCAACGCCGAUAGGUUCAUCAGCAAAUACCCAACAGCACAUCAAGCCAUCACGAAGUCCCACUACGUCGACGACAUGCUUUCCAGCGUCGAUACUGACGAGCAAGCUAUUCAGUUGGCCAAGGACGUGAAGCACGUCCACGAGCAGGGUGGAUUUGAAAUACGUAACUGGAUUAGCAACUCUAAAACCGUUCUCGCUGCUUUGCAAGGGGAGGAUAUCAACGAGAAAUGCCUUGAUAUGUCAACAGAGCUCGCCACUGAAAAGGUACUAGGCAUGUGGUGGAACACAAACGACGAUGUCUUCCUUUACAAAGUCGGAUGGAAUCGCUAUGAUUCGGCACUCCUAGGUGGUCAACGACGACCAACGAAGCGAGAAGUUCUACGCGUCCUGAUGACCAUCUUUGAUCCUCUAGGAUUGAUAUGCCACUUUCUCUCAUAUCUGAAGAUCCUGCUUCAAGACAUAUGGCGAUCCAGCGUACAGUGGGACGACGAGAUAGCCGACGGAGAAUACGAGAAGUGGCUCACUUGGUUGAAAGUUCUUCCUCGCAUUGAACAUGUGAGGAUUCCCCGGUGCUAUAAUUCGGACUACCUCGUGAGUGAAACCGACGACCUCCAGCUCCAUACGAUGGUAGAUGCUAGCGAAAAAAGCACAGCAGCUGUUUGCUAUUUACGUUUCGUCAAAGACGAUGUUAUCCGCUGCUCAAUUGUUGCAGCAAAGAGCCGAGUAGCGCCGAUCAAGUUCACCUCUAUACCCAGACUGGAACUUAUUGCCGCAGUCAUCGGUGCUCGCUUAGCGCGCACGGUCGAAGAAUCACUGUCGUUGCAGAUUAACAAGAAGUUCUAUUGGUCUGAUUCCAGAGAUGUCCUGUGCUGGAUACACUCGGAUCAUCGUCGAUACAAUCAGUUCGUCGGUCAUAGGGUCAGCGAGAUUCUCGAAACCUCCGAAACAAACGAAUGGCGAUGGGUACCUGGGAAGCAGAAUCCUGCCGACGACGCCACGAAAUGGAGUGGCACUCCGGAGUUAUCAUCCGACGAUAGGUGGUUUAAAGGUGCCGAUUUCCUUUGGCGCACUGAAGAAGAAUGGCCGGAAUCAUCGAAUAGCAAUUACUUGACGGACGCCGAACUCCGCCCAUCGCUACUGGCACAUCACACUCCAUUAGCUAUCAUCAACAUUAAUGAAUUCUCGAGUUGGGAGAAAUUACGCAGGGUAGUCGCAUACGUUCGUCGGUUCGUCACUAACUGCCGACAAACCCGCUCUGGAAACCCGACUGUCAAUGGGCCGCUUUUGACUCACGAGCUUCAAACCGCUGAACGUACGCUCAUUUGUCUCGCGCAGUUCGAAUCCUAUCCCGACGAAGUCACGAUCCUUAAAAAAUCAUCACAAAGCGAAGAUGCUGCAACGAAAACCGUUCCGAAGACCAGCUCACUGUUCCAAUUGACACCAUGGCUGGACAGUUUCGGGAUUAUGCGAAUGCGAAGCCGCAUCGCGGCAUGCCACUACGUCACCAAUGAUGCCAAACAUCCCAUAAUACUUGCUCAAAAACACCACAACACCAGCCUGAUCAUUGGAUAUUAUCACCGGAAAUAUCAUCACCUAAACCACGAAACGGUGAUCAAUGAGAUCAGGCAGAAGUUCCGCAUCCCACAUUUGCGCGCAUGUUACCAGCACGUGCGUAAAGGUUGCCAGACAUGCAAGAACAACCGCGCAGUACCAACUCCACCGUACAUGGCCGACCUCCCACCCGCUCGUCUUGAAGCCUUUUCCCGACCCUUCACCCACACUGGGGUCGAUUACUUCGGUCCAAUCGAAGUCACCGUGGGAAGAAGAGUCGAGAAACGCUGGGGAAUGUUGGCCACAUGUCUGACCGUCCGAGCGAUCCAUAUAGAGGUUGUGCAUUCCCUUAGCGCGAGCUCGUGUAUUAUGGCGCUCCGAAACUUCAUGGCACGUCGAGGCACCCCUAAGAAAAUCUAUAGCGACCGAGGCACGAACUUCGUGGGAGCGAAUCGUGAACUAUUGCAAUUGCACGAAGCGCUCAUGGAAGAAUUUGCAGAUUCGGAAAUCGAAUGGAUCUUCAAUCCACCUCUCUCACCGCAUAUGGGCGGCAACUGGGAGAGGCUAAUACGCAGUCCGACGAGGUAUUAA